CGAAAAGUAAUAUUACCCCCUAUUUUUUUAACUGAACACUUCUUUCUUCAUUCUUAAAAUUAUUUUGUAUGAUAAAUAUAUUAUUUAAAGUAUUACGUUGUACAAUAACCAAGCUGGGCAGAAAGGAACGUGUACAUAUAAUAUUCUUUGAAAUAUUUAUCACGAACUUCAAUAAAUACUACGAUUUUGUGAAACCUGCAAGGACAACUGUAAAUGACAAUGUGGGAUCCAACAGCUUUAAUAAUCGUGAUUGCUGUUUUGGUGCAUGGAAUUCUGCUUCUAAUCGCCUUCCUAGUUUGUUGUAGCCACGGAAGAACACAGACAAGGAAUAGUAUAUUGUCAGAUGGUCAAAGAGCCAGAACACCCAACUCUAACAGAAUAAAUUUGUCAACAAUACCAGAUGUUACCUUACAUUUGAAUCAAGCAUCUUGUAGCCAGUCAAAUGUCCGUAUGUCACCGCUAAUGUUAGAUGGAUAUCAUGUACAUGUACCUAGACAGACAGAGACCCACUACAAGAAACAAACAUCGUCAAAUCCUCCAAGGAAUAUCCCGUCACCUACAGAAAAUGUCGACCUUAACAAUAGAGAAGAAACUAGAGAUGCCCCGGAAUCUCCUCCAUCUCCUAGAAAUAGAGAGCAGGAAGAACGCCAUAUUGUCCCAGCUGAUUUAACUGAAUCCUUCAAUUUCUCAGAAGGUGGUUUUGAAGAUUGUCCAGAUGUGCCCCCUCCUUCUUAUAAAAGUUUGUUUCAAUAGUUUGACCAGCCGAUGAAUCCUUAUUAAAAAGUGUGUAAAUCUUGUUUUAAGUUAGAUAUGGCUUUCAGUGUCCAUCACAACACGGAAAAAAGCAAUUAUCUUUUAGCACACGUAAUUCUAAGUAAACUGAUGAUUCAGAUAAA